AUGACAAACUUUCCCAAGGAUUCCAAACAGAAAACGCGAGUGCGAAACAUGGAGACAUCCCUCAUCUUUUUCCUUGGAGUCGAAGUGAUGUUCGGUGCUCUGGAGUUCUUCUUCAUGAGUCCAGUAGUCUUGCACAGCUACAAAAUUAUCAAAAUCUUCUUUAUCAUUUGGAUUCCGAAUCUUGUGAUCGCUUCCUUCUUCUUCCUCGCCGUCAAACCGGGUAUCUUCGCCAUGUAUCGUGCAGGAUUUAGAAUGAUUCAUUUCACCGUCAUCGCCAACAUCUACUACUGGUACAGACUAAUGCCCGUGUCCGUAUGUACUAUUGGUCUCUGUGUUGUCGAAUUCAUCUGUCUUGUCGAUGGAGUGUCAAAUGAGAAAAUGACGUAUCCUGGCCAAUGGAUUCUCACAAUCGUCCACAAACUGAGAAAAUCUCCGCAAGAGACUGCCAUCGAAAUGAUCUCUCUCCACUCGUCCACAAAUGAUAACUUUCUGUCUGAAGUUAACGAAAAACCCUUCGCGCGAGAAUUGGACACUUCUCUACAUUACUCGAGUGACGAAGACUCAAUUCCCCCAUUUUCAUCGCUUGAACCCCUUGGUAUAUUUGUUGUCUGA